GAGACACCCAACCAGCAUCCCAUCGCCGCCAGAGUCUAGCAGCAACAGCAGAAGCAGCAGUGUGAUUCGUAGACAAGGGCGUCGCAGCAUCCAGUAUAGACACAUCUGUCCAGGAUCCGCAACCCCGGGAAACCCAGCUCAUACACCGCCUGCUCCACCGCGACGCAUUUGUUUCGCAAUAGAACCGAUUGCAUCACCAACACGGCCACUGUGACACAGCAGAUUUGCUCAACACGCAGCCUGCAACAACUCAGAGACCCGGGCCAUCAGCAUGACGGACGAUGGGCCCACCCACAAUUGGAAGUUCGCGCAGUGCUUUGGCGAUAAAGGCGACGUCGAAGAUGUCACAGAAGCCGACAUUAUCAGCACGGUAGAGUUCGACAGUACAGGCGAUUAUCUCGCCUCCGGUGAUAAGGGAGGACGGGUGGUGCUCUUUGAGCGCAAUCACUCGAAAAAAGGCUGCGAGUACAAGUUCUACACCGAGUUUCAAUCGCAUGAACCAGAGUUUGACUACCUCAAGUCCCUCGAGAUUGAAGAGAAGAUCAACAAGAUCAAGUGGUGCCGUCGACAAAAUUCGGCCCACUUCUUGCUCAGCACGAAUGACAAAACCAUCAAGCUCUGGAAGGUGUUUGAAAAGUCCCUCAAGGUGGUUGCGGAAAACAAUCUGAGUGAUGGGUAUGCACAGCAAAACAUGUUUAGCGCAGAGACACUCCGUUUACCGCGCAUGACCCAUCACGACACGAUUGUGGCUUCGGUCCCGCGACGGACUUAUGCCAAUGCUCAUCAGUACCACAUCAACUCCAUCAGCGUCAAUUCAGACGGCGAGACGUACAUUUCUGCAGAUGACUUGCGCAUCAAUCUUUGGAAUCUGGGCAUUCAAGACCAAUCGUUCAAUAUUGUUGACAUCAAGCCCGUCAACAUGGAAGAGCUGACAGAGGUGAUUACUGCUGCAGAGUUUCACCCGACGCACUGCAACCAGUUCAUGUAUAGCAGCAGUAAAGGCACCAUCAAACUGGCCGAUAUGCGGGAGUCUGCGCUGUGUGAUCAACACGCGAAACUGUUUGAGGAAGAGGAAGACGUCGUCAACAAGUCAUUCUUUUCAGAAAUCAUUGCGUCCAUUUCGGACGUCCGUUUCUCCAAAGACGGCAGGUAUAUCCUCUCGCGGGAUUACCUCACCCUCAAGAUCUGGGAUGUAAACAUGGAGAAGAAGCCAGUCAAGACCAUCAACAUGCAUGACCCACUCAAAAACAAGCUCUGCGAUCUUUACGAAAACGAUUGCAUCUUUGACAAGUUUGAGUGUACAUUCAGUGGCGAUGGCAAGCACGCCUUGUCUGGCAGCUACAACAACAAUUUCAUGAUUUACCCAACGGACCCGAGCGAUUCAUCAGCAGAGCAAGCAGUCUUGCUGCAAGCAGAUAAGAGUGCAUUCAAGGCGAAGAAGGGCAGCGACAGGAAAAACAAGGCAGGUCGCGGCUUCAGUCCGGCGCCAAAGAGCUCGAUACCGGUCUUGGAUGCAGACAAGAUGGACUUUUCAAAGAAAAUCCUGCAUUCGAGCUGGCAUCCGCGUGAAGACUCCAUUGCGAUCGCUGCAACAAACAAUCUGUUUGUCUUUUCGACUCUGUAAAUACAUUUCCUGCCAAAGCCUUGCACAAGAAGGGCGAUGUAGCAGGUGCCUGACAUGCUCGGAUAGAAAAGACUCUGUUCUUGUGCCAAUAUAUAGUAACGGUGCUAGUAGUCCUGCUUCCCUGUGUCGGUGACUGACUCUGAUGCAGGCUCGCUGCCAAAAUAUGUUUCUUCCUGGUCCCGUGUUGAAGUGACAUUCACACCAAGCGAUGCAUCAUAAUCAACUUGUCGAUAGGGAAAGUUUUCAGCUUGACCACUUAAGACUUGUUCCACUGCUGUUCUGCGAGCCUUGUCGUCAGCAGUCUCGUCAUCACUCUCUUCUUCGACUAGAUUGCUAGCUUGUGACAAAGCUUGUUGUGCCCUACGAUCUGCGUCGUAAAAUGCAAGAAGGU